CUUCCAAGGUCUUCUAACACAGCACAGCUUCUAAUCCGAAUACCACCCAUACCACCCGCUCAAUCUCCUGCGAAUCAUUCCUCCCACAUUGCCGUGGUCAUUCGCCAGAUGUUUACCUCAUGUCCAGUCCGUCUCGUAAGCCCGAAAAUGCCGCAUCUGCCGCACCGGUGAGCUCCCAAAGUGUGGCCGCUGGGAGUCCUAGUGCCAGUCCCGUCAGUGCUGCCGCUGCCACUGGGACAACGACUCACAGCCCAUCCUCUGAUUCCCUCGAUCUGACUGGCUCGUCUUCCAUAUCUGACCAUGCAUGGCCCUCUGCAAGUGUCUCGCCUGCUGUACCAGCACCCGUCCCCAUACCCCCUGGUUCCCAUGUGCCAUCCACAUCCACUUCUCAAUCGUCCGUCGCUGUUAACCAUGUCGACCAAAACAAUAAGAAAUCACGGCCGCCCUCCGCCCUCCAGAGAUCCAAUGGACCGUCUCUUCUCACGCAAGCGCUGGCUUCUGCUCGUGGAAUUCCGUCCUCCCACGUUUCCGUCUCCCAUGCGGACCAGCGACGUCCCGAGCAGAAGCCUGUACCUGUACCACCAAAUGGAACAAACCGACCUAGCCAACCUAAAAAUGUAUAUGUCCCACGCCCCGAACACGCGGUGACUGGGCCUCAAGAUGCCUUCCAUGAGCAUACUGAGCAAGGCGAUCUAACGCCGACCGGCCAUUCGCAGCUUACCGAGGCCGCUAGAACGAUCUCCACGCCAUUGCUGUCUUCAAUUACUUAUCCAGGGGCUGAUGCUCCUACACCAUUACCUGUCACGAUGCCGGCUGCUAUGAGCACAACUACGACACUCUUAGAACACCGGGAUCUCGACUUAAGCACCAGGGGCAGAGGGCGAUCGCUAGAACGCACGGAAAAGGAACUUCGUCUACGCUUGUCAAACCUCCCUAAUGCGCAUUCCAAUAACGUUGGAGAUUCUUCAUAUUCUUUUAACACUACGGCUGCUGAUAUAGCCCCGUCUACUGACGAUAAAUCUGAAAUGCUCUCCGACGCGCGCGUCCAAUAUAGGGCGUGGAGGGUCGAACGUCCUCCCCUCUCGAUGGGCCCAGAGAAAGUAUGGUCUAUUGGUACCAAUGACAUCGUCGGCCAUCAGGAUGGACAAGUUGAGAAGUCUAUCACAGAGGUGCUAGCGGGCGUCGAACCUACACGUAGCCGGAAGGCGAGUCACAGCCUGCGCUUCUUUAAGGAAGGUCUCCCGGAGGAAAAAGGCCGGCGAAGGGAGUCAAAGGUCAAGGGGCUGCAGCUAGAUUUGCUUCGCGAGAAUCAAUUGGACGAGAACGCUGUUUUCCAGACUGUUACACCAUCUCCCCAGUCUAUCGAAGGCGAUCAAUCACCUUCUCGUUUAUCAAGCGUGCAAUCUUUCCCUUGGGGCACUUCGGAUGCCGGGUCUGUAACCCACGAGGCAGCUCAACGAGAUUACUUUGGCCUACAAAGACCAAAGCAUACUUCCGAUCCCAUCAAAGACUCAUCUCCCCGAGAGCAACUCGUGAAGGCUGGUGUUUACAGUGAGCCCAAUGGUUCUGCUAUAGUGUCCGACGAGGAUGUGACACAGGUUGGUAGGGAGUCAAGUGACGCAACGGAGGUCGGAGAACCAACCGAGGAGGGUGAAGAAUCAUCCGAAGAGAAGAUAUCGUCCGCUGUAUUUCUUCCACAUCAGGGCCUGGAUCAAUCACCAGAGAAUGGGUGUGUUAUAUCCGAAGAAUUCAAAGUUUCACAGUCUGCCUCCCGCAAACCCCACGGCGAGGAUUUCCAUCCUUGGCUAGUGAAGGCAGAUGAACCCGAAGCCGAAGUUGGAGCAAGGGCUGAAGGACCUGACAAUGGUAAUGUUGACCGUAAGAAUGACACAGCCCCAUAUGUUGAAGAGUUUCCACGAAUAGAUGAUGAAUAUGCUAUCGAGGAUGAGGUCGAGUUUCCCCAGAGACCUUGUGAUAUAUCUGCUAGGUCGUCUCGGCCGGUCUCCCAAUAUUAUGAGGAUAUGGUCCAUGAACAUCAGCUGGGACCAAAGUUACCCCUCGAGGCAAUUGAACUUAUUCCUUAUAAGCAUCAGGUUGGUGGUCAUACAACCAUUUGGAGAUUUUCCAAGAGAGCUGUCUGCAAACAAUUAAACAACCGAGAGAACGAGUUUUAUGAAAAAAUAGAAAGGUAUCACCGUGACCUUCUACCUUUCUUACCCAGGUAUAUUGGCGUCCUCAACGUCACAUUCCAGAAGCAGCCACGGCGGAAGUCAACAAUCAAAAAGGACGAUAGCUGUACAUCUGAGAAGAAGGGGAGAGAACAAGAUGGCCAACUAAAUGGUAAUAACGGAGCAUCCUUAGGGCUCCCACAGGGUUUCGAUAUUUCGGAUAAAGAGGAUCAGCGUCAUCAUCGCAGGAUAGUGAGCCAAUCCCUACAAUCGUCACACGCUCCGAUCCCCACAGUUACUUUUGUCGACAAUCGACAUAUCCUUCCUCGAAGCUUGCUGCGACCUGCUGUGUCAGUUAAAGGUGAUAACCGUCCAUGGAGUGCAUCUGCCGCGGUUAAUCCUCAAUUUUUACGUGAUCAUAGUACCCAGACGUCCAAUGAAGACGCGCUGGCAUCAAACCGGCCAUUGUUAGGGGAUCGGCACGCUAAUAGUUGGGGUGCUACGACUGUCAACAAAAGAUUACGAAACGAGGUUUUUAACGAUGCUUUUCUGAAGCAGCCCAUCGCGGUACAUAAACAUCGGAGACCAGCAUCCCAACAGCGAUCAAUUCCUCGUCGCUCAGUGCAGCAGCCAAAUCGGCCUACAAGUUCGGAGAGUGCUUUACUGGACCAAAAAAUGGCUGAUGACAGCGAGAGACAGGCCCAUGAAUCAGAUUUUUUGAAAGCGCCACCACGCAUUCUACACAGCCAUAGUGACUUGAGCGCAGACUCGAGCUGUCUAAGGCUCGAGGGACUCGACCAUGUGAAAGACGUCACAGGCACUAGUGCUCCAGAGCCUGAAACCUUGUCCGAGAAAUUUCAUCAGAGACGACGACGGCGUAAUUCGGGGAGCAAACUUCGGCGAAGACCACAAGAUGUCACGGAAUCUCGUGGUAACCUCAAAUAUUUUGAGGACCCAGAUGAAGUCGAGUAUAGUAGGGAUCAUGAUCCACACCCAGGACUGCACACACUUGUCCACGUAGAAAAUGGGCACAAGCAAGACGCCGAGGCCGUCGAGAAUGGGUUCGUGGAUAAUUCCGUACCUCAGUCCUACUUCUCAUCCGCAGUACCAUCAGAGCUUCCGAGUCCGACGACGGAGUUUAAGAAAAUCCCACGGCCCGUCAACCCCAAAGAGGCCCAGACACAGAGUGACUCAAGAGUUGAGUAUUUUCUACUACUAGAAGAUCUCACCGCUGGCAUGAAACGUCCUUGUAUAAUGGACCUAAAGAUGGGCACUCGGCAGUAUGGCGUAGAGGCUAGCCCGAAGAAAAGAGAAUCACAACAGCGCAAAUGCGCCGCGACAACAUCGAGGGAGCACGGCGUGAGACUUUGUGGAUUGCAGUCUUGGGAUGCCAAGUCUCAGACGUACGUGUUCAAGGAUAAAUACUACGGGCGAAACUUGAAGGCUGGCUCCGAGUUUCAAGAUGCCCUAACCAUGUUUCUAUAUGAUGGCGUAGAUUAUAGCAGCGUUUUACGACACAUCCCGACGAUUCUGCAGAAACUCAAUCAACUCGAAAUGACUAUUCGCAGGCUGCGCGGUUACCGGUUCUACGCAGCCAGUCUCCUAAUGUUUUACGAUGCCGAUGACUCCGACGAAGGUUACGACACGGCAGCUGACGACUCUACAACCGAUUUCGCGACAGAUGCCGAGGACGCAUGGGAGGCCAGGAAGCGCCGGAAAAAUAAGAAAGAGAUUGAUUUCAAGAUGGCCGAUUUCGCCAACAGCGUGACGGCGGGAGACUUGGCUGAGGAUAAACCAUGUCCGCCGAAGUGUCCGAACGAACCGGACCGCGGCUUCCUCCGCGGUCUCGCAACUCUGAGGAAAUAUUUCUUGAAAAUACAAAAGGAUGUACGGAAUGAGCUGGGAUUGAUCACCACACGCAGGCAGGCAGACGACACAAGUGAAAUGGAAAAGGACGAUGAUGAGUGGGACUCUGUCAGCGAUUGAGGAUCCUGCCUCUCAACUACCAACAACUUCGCAUAACCUGCUAGUAAAGGUGCUAGCGGCUAAGCAAUCUUAUACCACUUUUUGAUUCAUUGUUCAUAGUUCUCGGAUGGGAUCCUAAAAAUGGCGCACGGGUGUGACAAACCGUCGGUCCACGGACAGGAGCUCUUUUUGGGUCGGGAUAAGGGUAUGGUUAUGAUACGUUCUCCUUUUUAUUUAUCGUUUAAACAUACCCGCAUGUUUGGGGCGUCUCGAGAUUGUCGGUUGCUACGGGGGUAAAAGGAUAAUACAGCUCAUAGUAUGGUGAAGAGCUUGCGUUGAUGAUUCGUAGCUAUGUUGCUACUUAAGAAAAUAAAAUGAUACAGGGGAAAUUGGGGGGCGGGCUCGAGAGAUAGUUGAUAUUAGAAUGAGAUGAAGCUAGCGAGCCAUAUUUGACUAUUGGUGUAAUUGUCGUUGUGACUUGUAGAGAUCUAGAAAAGUGCAUGCUUGGAUAGGCCAUAGUUAAAAAGGUUCGCAAGUUUACCUUUGCC